UUGAUUCUCUUUGUUUCAGGACGAAUUCAGGCAUCAUCGGGACAUUAGUUGGAGAGUGGAUGAAUCAUGUCUGGAAACUGGACCAUCUCCUUUCUGCUACUGUCCACAACCUGUGAGCUCUUUAUAGUGGCCCUCUCAGCAGAAAACGACACUCAGGAGAAAUCUAAAAAUGCCGUGGAUGUCACCCGCAACAAGAUCGUGUUGGCACAGUUUGAAUGCUUCCAGAAGAUUACGAAAGAUUACUACAGUCACAGAGAUGAGACGGCAUGUAACCGCACUUGGGACGGAUGGCUGUGUUGGGAUUACAUACAGACAGGACUCACCGCAACCCAACACUGUCCAGAUUACUUCCACAACUUUGACACCUCAGAGGAGGCCACGAAAAUCUGCACUGAAGAUGGUUAUUGGUUCAUUCACCCCGAGAGCAACAGAACAUGGACCAAUUACACAAGCUGCACAAAGUCCACCAAUGAACACAGACAGGUGGCGAUAAACCUCUACUAUUUGGGUCUUAUCGGUCAUGGAUUAUCAUUGAUAUUUUUGUGCAUCUCGCUGGGAAUAUUUUUCUAUUUUAAGAGCUUAAGUUGCCAGAGGAUUACUCUCCAUAAGAACCUUUUCUCUUCUUUCGUCUUAAACUCUACGAUAACCAUCAUUUGGUUCACUGCUGUGGUCAACAACCAAGACUUAAUACAAACAAACCCAGUGAGCUGUAAAGUGGCGACCUUCGUUCAUCUGUAUGCAUUCGGCUGCGUGUAUUUCUGGAUGCUGUGUGAAGGGAUCUAUCUACACACACUUAUCGUCGUGGCUGUGUUUGCUGAGAAGCAGCAUCUGAUGUGGUACUAUCUCCUGGGCUGGGGAUUUCCUCUCAUCCCGGCUUUGAUACACGCCGUAGCCAGAAGUUAUUACUUCAAUGACAAUUGUUGGAUCAGUCACAAUACAUCUCUGCUUUAUAUUAUCCAUGGGCCCAUUUGUGCUGCUUUACUGGUCAAUCUGUUCUUCCUCCUGAACAUUGUCCGAGUACUGAUCACCAAGUUGAAGGUGACCCACCAGGCCGAGUCCAGCCUCUACAUGAAGGCUGUGAGAGCUACACUGAUCCUGGUGCCACUGCUGGGCAUCCAGUUUGUCCUGCUGCCCUACAAACCAGAGGGGAGUCUCUCCUUCGAAAUCUAUGAGUACAUGAUGAACAUCCUGAUGAAUUACCAGGGUCUCCUGGUCGCCACAAUCUUUUGCUUUUUCAAUGGAGAGGUCCAGGGUGUGUUACGGCGGCACUGGAACCAGUAUCGCAUCCAGUUUGGUGGCACUAUCUCCAACCAGGAAGCCUUGCGCUCUGCUUACUACACAGCCUCAUCCAUGACAGAGGUGCACCGCUGCUACAGCAUCGACGGGCACAUGGAGACUCUUAACGGCAAGAGCUUCCACAACAUGGAGGCCACCAUUCUUCGCUCAGACAACCUGUACAUGUGAGAAGACCACUGGCACGAGCCUUAGACUCAUUAAAGCGCUCAGAGGACCAGACCACAAGAACACCACAUUCAGAUGUCCCUGUUGGGUCCAAUCUGAUUUGAUUUUAUGUCAGUUUUAGUCAAACUCAAGUCCUUUUGGCUCAGAGAGGCACGUGAAAGGACUAUUUACUCUCGAGCCAACUAACGAUAACCUCCUCGAUUUUUCUUAAGGAAGACGGGAUUUUUAUUCAUGAGGAACAUCGAGUGAAGCUGGCGCCUACACCUACAUAACUCUGAUGAAAGCAUCUUAUACUCUUCCAUCAGCUAUGUUCUCCAGCCUUAAACAGGGCAACACAUGGAAACCAGAGUCUUUACAAGAGCUAAGAUGUGGAUUAUGUUCCCUCUGGCAGUGAAAGGAAGUUCUCUGAGAUUCAGAAAAAAAAACUGAAAAAGUUCUGGUUUCUAUACUGAGGGCGUGUUGAUUGUGAAACUCCAUCUGUUCUUUGUUGUUUCCGCACGUGACAGUUUGAAAUGCAACGUUUCUGAAGCAGACUUUAUAUUUUUAAAUGAGACAAAGAAAAACCACAGCAAGGGAAAUCACAUUCACGGAAUGCACUGAUGCGUUCCAGGCUGUUCCACGUUAAACCCUAUAGACUAAACACAUGGAGAGUCCACCACAUCCACAGCAUCUGAAUGGUAAUGCAAAGAAUCAUCUCUUAUUCAGAACUCUAAUUCAAAACUAUUCCAUGUGUGUUCAAAUUACUGCAUUUUCUGCUCCACUUGGAAUUGUCUUUAUAGCACUACUUAUAGACAUCUUAUGAAUAGUCCUAAAUAUGAAAAUGUCCUUUCAACAAAUAACCAUAUAUCAGUUAAGGCUGUUUACUGGCAAAAAUAUUGUGACACUAAAAGCAAUAUACUGUUUCUCUAAUCAAAUUUCAGAGAAAAAAAGACCAUCAUAAGACCAUCAUAUUUAUAAAAUCUGAAUAAAAGAGAAAAGUUUCCUUUGUAUUUAAUUGAUAGAACACAACUCUGCUAUCUAGUGUGUGUUUUUUUUUAAAUUACAUUAAAUAAAUCAGAAUGAUUUUUAUUCUCCAAUUAUGUUUUACAUUUAAGCAGCAGCAGACCAUUAAUAUAGGUUACACCCACAGUGAUAAUAAACAUACUGAAUAAUACAAUAUACUUAGUUCUAAGGUGUUACAUUAAUUAAAAGAAGAGGAUAAUUUUGUACUGCAACAACAGUGUUUUAAACACAUAAAUUAUUUAGCUAGCUAAUAAAAAAUAGGGCUUCUCAUUCUUCUCAGUGUUUUUAUAUACUCAAAAAAAUUAAAUGUUUUUUUUUUUCCACUGGCUAGCAAGUUUGCUAUAUUGUACAAAUAACUUUGAAAAUUGGUACACAGUAUUAUUGCUGGAUUCCACAUUUUACAGAGUCUCAUGGAGACCAUAUGUCUGCACUUACCAUUUUACCAUUUUAUAGAACCAACACCAGAACAUCCAAACCCAGAGAAACAGCUCAGUUCUAAAGCUCCAGUAAAGCGUUUGUGCUGUGAGGUUUACCCAGCACUCAGAUUAGCUCUAAAGCUAACGACAGACUCACAGCACCGACCCGGCUGCUUCACUGGAGCUUCAGGGUAAGCUCUGCACAGCACUACUAUCUUUUUUGUGUUGUGUUUGAAAGCUGGUUAGCUAUGCUAGUGUAAACAUUUGUAAAUAAGGUUAAAUACCAUGUUAGAGAGAUGGGUUAGCAUAGCUAACUUAGCUAGCUUAGCUACUUUAUGGUCAGUGUUCACAGCAGUAGCUACUUCAGAAUGCAUUUACUUUAAACACAAAACGACCAGAAACCAUUUAAUAUGAACUGACCGGAUACUCUAACAAAUGUGGAAGAAAUCUCUUGAAAGUGGUGUGUGUAAAAUGGCAAAUUAACUAUGGGAUAUUUUACAUCAAUCAAUUAACCUUUAUUUCCACUCAGUAAAUACACUGAGGGUAACCCUCCUUUUCAAUGCAACCGAGCACACAACAUUAAAGGGAUUGAAAAUUAAGUUCAAAUUAUAAAAACCUGCAAAUAAUGUAAGAUAUUAUAAAGAAAAAAAAGAAAUUAAUCAAAAUACAAGGAUAUGCAAACAAGGCAAAAUGUAGAGCAAUAAAACACAGAGAUGAAUACGUAGAAUAAAAAAUAUAUAUAAACACAAUUAAACAAAUAAAGGACUAAAAUAACCACAAUUCUAAAAAAGUAAAUGAACUAAAAUAAAUAAUACUAAUAAGUAAAAAAUAAAAAAAUAAAAUUAAAGGAAGAAAUGAAUUAAAUAAAAAGAUAAAAGACCAAAAGUAAAAGCAGUAACAAAACCAGUAACAAAACAAAUAAAAGGAUGAAAAGAAAACAAAUAAAAUAAAAUUAGAUAAAUAAUAUAUAAAAUAUCAAUACAUAGAGAAGCUGAGAAGAUGUGCUAAAAUCUGUGUUUGCAUUUUAGGUUAUCAUAGUUACAGGGUGAACUUAAUAUUGUCCUAAAUUUGUACAUAAUUGAAUAAUUAAAAAAUCAAUACUGUGUUCAAAAAAACAAUACAGUAUUGCAAAACAAAAUAUUUUCGAUAUAUUAGUAUUUUCUAACACCCCAAUAUCAACCACUUUUCUUAUUUCAUUUUAAGUAGAUUCAUAAAUGAAGAAUUCUAAGUCUAAAUUAAGCAAAAAAAAACGUUGUCCAAUUGUAUUAGAAAAAGAAAACAUAAUAAAAUGUUCCCCCAAAAUGGAGAAAUGCUAUAUAUGGUUAAUUGUUGAAAAGGCUCAAACAUUUCUUAUAAUAUACUGAACAGUACAGUACUGUGUAAAUGUCAGUUAACUACAUUAUUUAAUUUCCUUUAUUCCAAUGAAAACAGCCAUUAAGUAAAAGAUAUUCUGUCAAAAUGCAGAAAACAUAGAAUACAGGAUAAUAGGAUAGCAGUUCGCAAAUACAUCCUGAAGUAAUACCUUAGGGGAAAACGUGGGUUGUGAGUUAUUAUCUAGUGAGUAAGGCUGAUUGAAUGCUGGCCAGCGUACUUAUGGCAAGGCAACAUGAUUUUUUUCAUGAGAAGUUGGAGCAAUUCCUGAUAUUGUUGGUACCAGUUCAGCAGUUCUUAGAAGUUCACAUUUCAGGACGUUUUUAAGACAUUUCAGAAAUUUCUGUCUACACUAACUUGUAACUGAAUUUUGCACAGUAUUGUAGUAACAGUUCAUACACUAUAUGUUUUGAACAUUAAUAGAUACGUCCAAAUUAGAGCACCACCGCUGCCACCUUAUGCUAUUGAGAACAUUGAGUCCAUUUUCCCAUCUUCUCACAACCUUUUCUUCUUAAUGUAAAAUUUGCAUAAACUCUGAACAGGCUAAUGAGAGUAGGUCAUAUUGUUGUAAAUUGAAUAUGUAUCAGAAUUCAAUGCCACAUACUGAAGUGGUCCUAACUAAAAUUGUAAAUAUCAGAUUCAGUGUGAUUUUUGUGUUUACCAAUGAUAAAUCUGUAUCACAAAUGACAAAAAUAUCAAUUUUGGGCCACUUUUACCUGCAGUGUUAACAUAGCAAUAGAGUAUAAACUAGUUAAGUGUGGCUGUACCCAGUAGGGUUCAUUCCUUCUUUUUUUUUUUCAUUUUGCUGAUUUCACAGUCAGCAUACCGUACAGUACAUGAGUUGGUUGUUUAUAAGGUCUAAUAAGACCUUCUAAACCGAGGCCUUAUUCAGUGUGUCUUUAUGUCUGGAACAUACAGGCGCUUUUUAUGGUUCCUCACUUUCUCUAAGGGCAUUUCAGUCUAAUGUUCAUUAUGCUGGAAAGGAACCUGCUCACACUUGGAAAAUGUAAAUAUAUUUCUGGCUCUAGGUGUGUAACAGAAGUCUGUGUCUAGUGCAAUUUGUGUAUAUUUAUAAAGGCAUAGUAUGCUCACGAUUAAUAUUUGUUGACAUAUUUUUUUUUAUGUUUAGGCAUUAUUUUACACAUUGAAUAUUGAUACAUGUCAAUCAGCUGGUUUAAUCUUCACUGAUGUCAGAAAGUUGCCUCUGCCCAGGUGGUGGCAGCAGGGGGAUCGAUACCAAAUAGCAAAUUUAAAUCGUUUUCUCUCUCAUUUUCAUUCGCAUGAAAAUUCGCAAAACAUUGUGUCAAUGUUUCCAUAUGUUUGUGCCAAAUUGCAUUUUGGUGUACUUUUUUUAAGUUAUUGUACUUAACAACAAAUAUAUCAUAGGCCUUGAACAAACUA